AUCUUUGCAAAUGGGCAUGGAAAAAAAGUUCAAAGUUAAUACAUUAAUAAUCUAAAUCUGAGUUAAACUAUUGCCUUAAGAGGACAUUUUAGAGGGCUUUAAUUUUCAUGUAACAAUGUGCAGACAUUUUUUUUCUUUUAGUUUUUGAUUACAUUCAGGGAUGUGUGUAUGUUUUCUGGCCAGCAGAGGUGAGCUAUGUCCUCCUGUGUGGUGAAGUCCAGAAGCAGGAACCCAUACACAGCGGUGCAGGUUGACCCAGACAGUGACUACAUCACACCGGGAACAUUAGACCUGGAGCAGCUGUUCUGGACCGGCACCGGGGCUCAGUAUGCACAUGUCAACCAGGUCUGGCCCAGAGUCUACAUCGGGGACGAGAAAACAGCUCUGGAGCUGCCUGGUCUGAGGGAUCUGGGUAUCACACAUGUCCUUAAUUCAGCAGAGGGAAAGUGGAAUAAUGUGCUGACUGGUGCUGAUUACUACACUGACGUGGACAUCCGGUACUAUGGUGUAGAAGCUGAUGACAAACCUACCUUCAACAUCUCCCAGUACUUCUGCCCUGCAACCCAGUUCAUCCAUGAGGCCCUCAGUCACCCACAGAACAAGGUGCUGGUGCACUGUGUGAUGGGUCGGAGCAGGUCAGCAACUCUGGUCUUGGCAUACCUGAUGAUGAAACACAGCUUAACUGUGGUGGAUGCUGUUGAGCAUGUGCGACAGCGCCGCUGCAUCCUGCCCAAUCAUGGCUUCCUAAAACAGCUCAGAGCCCUGGACAUCACGUUACAAGAGGAGAGGCUUAAACAAAAAAUAGAGAUGAAACACCAAUAAUGCACAAUAAAUAGAUAAUAUGCCCGUGUUUACUACUUCGAUUUUGCUUUUGAAUCUCUUAGGUAUACAAAAAUGUUCAACUGUUGUAUCAUUAAACUCUGUUUUGUUUUUCACAACUGCGUCAUGUAAGAGUUCAAAUGUCAAAUUGAAGAAUGGGGUGUCCUCAGGGCUUAGUGAUGUUUUAAAGCAAGAGCGAUUUUGUCUAAGUGUGUCUACUGUAAGUGUAUGACCAGAUUUCAAUGAGUGAGGCACACAGAGUAGGUCCUGACACUUUCAGAUCUACAGUAGGACAUGAGGGGCGAGAGCUAAGAAGCCUAAAAUUCAUUCACUAAUUUGACUAAGUUGACUUGAAGCAAAUUGUUGUACCUUAGAUUGGGUACGUACUGUAGAUCGCUUACUAAGAAUUAUCUUU